AUGUUUAAUUGCAAUUCCGCAGCUCUCAUCGACACCACUCCCGACGUUCUUCCGGUCGACACAACGCCCGAUGUAACACCAGUCGACACCACGCCUAACGUACCUCUGGAUGACAUCACGUCUAACGUACCUCUGGAUGACAUCGCGCCUAACUUACCUCUGGAUGACAUUUCUCUCGACAUCCCCUCCAUUGAUACUUCUCUCGACAUCCCCCCCAUUGACACUUCUCUCGACAUCCCCCCCGUUGACACUUCUCUCGACAUCCCCCCCGUUGACACCACUCCUGACGUUCCUCCGGUUGACACCACUCCUGACGUCCCCCCUGUUGACACCACUCCUGACGUCCCCCCUGUUGACACAACUCCUGACGUUCCUCCGGUUGACACAACUCCCGAUGUACUCCCAGUCGACACCACAUUUGACGUCCCUCCGGUUGACACCACUCCUGACGUCCCUCCGGUUGACACCACUCCUGACGUUCCUCCGGUUGACACAACUCCCGAUGUACUCCCAGUCGACACCACAUUUGACGUCCCUCCGGUUGACACAACUCCCGAUGUACUCCCAGUCGACACCACAUUUGACGUCCCUCCGGUUGACACCACUCCUGACGUCCCUCCGGUCGACACCACUCCUGACGUCCCUCCGGUCGACACCACUCCUGACAUCCCUCCGGUCGACACCACGCCUGACGUUCCUCCGGUCGACACCACGCCUGACGUUCCCCCUGUUGACACCACUCCUGAUGCCACUCCGGCUGACACGACGCCUGUCGUACCUCCGGUUGACACGAACCCUGUCGUCCCUCCGACCAUCUCGACUCCGGUGGUUGUUGCCAAUAUCGAAGGCCUAACUCCAAGCCCCAGCCCCAACCUCAUCAUUGACUUCACUCCCAACAACUACUCCGGUUGUUACGAGGACGCCGAGGCUGGUACCAAUUUGGGUCUUCUAAGCGGCCCCGCCCAGACCAAUACCGUUGACUUGACCCACGAGAGCUGCCAGAGUUUCUGUACCACGACCACUGGCGGUCCUUACAGGUACUUUGGUCUCGAGGCUGGUACCCAAUGUCGCUGUGGCAACGACUUUCAGCACAGCGCCACUCCCUUGGAUGGCUCGGCCACGGGUUGUGAGACGCCCUGCAGUGGAGAUGCCACUCAGCGCUGUGGUGGCAUCAACAGGAUAAGUGUGUACGCCAACAACGAUUUCCUUUCUCUGCCAGUUGGCGUCACGCCGACAUCGACACCCAUCGGCGAGCCUACGCCUGUAGACUUGCCUGAGCCUAUUGAUGUAUCACUCUCGACGCCCACCAGUGAGCCUACGCCUGUAGACUUGCCUGAGCCUAUUGACGUAUCACUCUCGACGCCCACCAGCGAGCCUACGCCAAUCGUCGACCCCAACCAGACGUCCACCCCUGGUGCUGUCCCGUCAGCAACACGUCUGCCCUUGCUAGGUCCGCUCUACCCCAACCGCCCACCCACCGAGGCAGGUGAUAGUGUGGACGUACCCUACUUCGGUGCUCAGCCAAUCCGUGGGGGCCAACCUGGAGGCAACAAUGGACGUCCUCGCCCCCGUCCCGCUACUACCGCCAGGCCGUGGAAGCCGCGCCCAACGAAGAGACCGUGGGAGCGUAACAGAGCUGGCCCAAUUGCACGGGCCGAGCGCCGAUGGUUUGGCCUGUGGUAA